AUGAGCAAGCCGAUGGGGAAGACGAUAGAAAAAGCACUUUGGUCCUCGCCUCUUGCAAAUCGGCUCUCAGAUACUUCCUUGACAACCUUCGAUUCGCAGGCGAAUAGGCGUGUUUUGGCAGCCAAUGUUGACAUGCUCAAUGUGCCACCAGCGAAGAUGAGGCGAGGCUUUGAGAGUUUUCAGAGAUUUUGCCAGGCCACGGCCUUGAAGGACAUGCGACGAUGCAGAGUCACGGUGGCAUGGCCUGUGCGACACAAAGUUAAGGAGGCUAACGGUCUGGCCCCGACACAGGCAGCUCCACCAGCGGAACUGCUGAGUGCUCGUGGUGCAGGCUCCCAGGAUGCGAGGGCCCUUCUGAGACCGGCGCCAGUAGGAGCACAAGCUCCCGAACCAAAACGGAGCGAGGGGCCUCAGUCAACGACGGACAAGGCUCUGGCGACUCUGUGGCAGCAGAAGUGUUGUCCGGCACUGCUCCUCAGAAUAGGAAGCGGCCGUUGGACCGGGCCUCUUUGA